UCCAGCAGCUCUAGGGGUACACAACUUCCUCUCCAGUUUGGAUUCCUUCUCUUUGAGCUUCUUCUGUUGCUGCUGUGGGUACCACUACAGUACUGAGCUGGAAAACGAUACACUUUCAUCUCAGCAUCUCUCCAAACUGCAGACGAAGAAGAAAAUUAAGUCAAUAACUCUGCAUCUCCAGUUUUCAGUGAAUUACUUUUUCUUUCUGUUUUUUAACCUGCUGCACAAAAGUUACCUGCGCUCUGAAGAAGAAGGUCUCUGGCUUAAAAGUUCACGGCUGGACAUCAGACUUAUUUCACCAGCGCCACCAGCCCCUCUACAAAGUGAAAAUACUGGGAUACCCGCAGAUUCAAGGUGCCUUGGAGCUCAAAGGGGGCUUUGUGGCAAAAACCAGUGCGAUGCUGUGGAUGUGACUUCAAACAACGACUCACAUCUGAAGAUUCCUGAAAGCACAAUGAAAGACGAUUUUGCUGAUGAGGAGGAGGUCCAGUCAUUCGGUUAUAAGAGGUUUGGGAUUCAGGAGGGUACAGAGUGCACCAAGUGUAAAAAUGACUGGGCGUUAAGAGCAGCUAUUGCUCUCCUUUAUGUGCUCUGUGCACUGCUCACCAUAGCAGUGGCUGUCCUUGGAUACAAAGUGGUCCAGAGGAUGGACAAUGUCACAGAGGGCAUGCAGAAUUAUGGAGGCAAAAUCAAUGAUGUGGAGACAGAUUUAAAGAAACUAGGUAACCAGGCGGGGGAAAAGUCAGUCAAUGCCACCAGUGAAAUUAAGACUUUCAAGUCAGAUUUGGAGGUGUUGCAAAACCAGCUGAAAGAUAUUACUGUCAAGGCAACAAGCAACAGUGACAUGUUGGAAGAACUUAUGAUCACAGGAGAUGACUUGCAAAAUGGCCAUGUUUCCCUGCAGAGUUUUCUAGAAGGCAAUGCAGCCACACUGCGGGGGGUCAACCAGACAUUGGCCUCCUACAGUGGAAUCAUUGGGGACCUCCAGACCGAUACUGCACGACUCCAUUCUGACAUACAGGGCCAGGUUGAGGUGCAGAGCAAGACCCAGGUUACUAUUAGUGCGCUUAAUAUUACCCAAUCCCAGCAGCGCAAUCUGCUCAGCACUCUGCAGAAGACAGUUGAAGACACAGGUCAGGCAGUUCGAAAGCUGAAGAAUGACUAUCAGAUUCUGCAACAGACAGCCAGACAGACACAGUCUGACACAGAGUGGCUAAAAGAAAAGGUCCAGAAUCUUCAGGUCUUGGCAGCCAACAACUCAGCACUCACCAGGUCCAACGGAGAUGCUAUUGAUGACUUGGGAGCUCAGCUCAGCACUCUAGCUAACCAAAUCCAGAAUACUUCAACCCUCACUGAGAGCCAUGACCAGAGUCUACGUGAGCUGAUGGAUCACCAGCGAGACCACGAUAAUGUCACCUCAUCAAAGUUUGAUGACAUGGAAGCAAGAUUAGAUCAACAUGAGAAUGACAUGGACCGUGUGACUGGAAAUGUAAGCUUUGCUGCACAGAUUCUAGGGGUCAUAAGCACUGACCUGAAUGGCCUGAGAUCCUGUGCUGAGACAGUGAUGAAACACUCAGACUUGUUAGCAGGACUGAAUAGUAGUUUAGAAGAGGCCAAGGCAGACAGCAAAGAGCUGCGCACCCAGCAGGAUGAGCUGGUUGCCAGGUUGGACAAAGAGGUGAGCAACCUGUCUAUCGUGAUGGAGGAGAUGAAGCUAGUGGACAGCAAGCACUCACAACUCAUCACAAACUUCACCAUCCUUCAGGGUCCACCAGGUCCAAAAGGUCCAAAGGGUGACAGAGGUCCCCAGGGCCAAAUGGGAAAGUCAGGACAAAAAGGUGAUAAAGGAGACAGAGGGACGCCUGGAUUAGUGGGCUCAAAAGGAGAGAAAGGUCCUGCUGGACCACCUGGCAUGAAAGGUCCAAAGGGUUCGAAUGGGAUUCCGGGGUAUCCAGGACCUAAGGGAUCAAGAGGGUCUGGAGGUCGACCUGGAAGCCCUGGUGAGAAAGGUGACCCUGGAGUUCCUGGGCUUCCUGGUAAGGAUGGAUACCCAGGAGUGCCAGGACUGCAAGGACCUCAAGGGACCAGAGGAGAAGUAGGACCUGCAGGUUUAGAAGGGCCUCGUGGGCCUGCUGGGCCCAUUGGCCCUCCUGGUCCACCUGGCCUUCCAGGGUUACCUGCACCAGUGCCUCCUGUAAUUAUAAAGCAACAUCAGCCCCCUCAGGUCCUUGUCCCCACCCUACCGACAUCAGCUCCGAUACCCACCAAAAAGCCAGAUGGUUCUGUGUCCCGCCAGGUCCAGCCCCCACCUGUCACCACCUCUCAGACACCAGAUUGUCCAUCUGAGUUCAGAAAAUUUGGAGACAGCUGCUAUUAUUUCUCCUCUGCUUCUCAGAGACUCAACUUUGAUGAGGCAAACAAGUUUUGUACCAGCAAUUCCUCUCAUUUGUUAAUUAUUAAUGACAGUGAGGAACAGCAAUUUGUGAGAACUGCAGUAGCAGGAAAAGGUUAUUUCUGGCUGGGACUCACUGACAGGGAGGAGGAAAAUGUCUGGAAGUGGGUGGAUGGAACCAUACCAGUUUUCAAGAAGUGGAAGCCUGGCCAGCCAGAUAAUUGGACUCAUGGCCAUGAAGAUGGCGAGGAUUGCGCUGGCCUCAUCCAUAAUAGGAAAAGAAAAUAUCUGGAGAAGGCGGAAUCUGUUGCUGUUAACACAUCAGCGAUGCCUCUCUUUACGACCAACCCCUUUGACCAAGAUGUUGAGAAAGCAACCAGCGAGAUGAACACAGCCGAGGACUGGGGCCUCAUUCUGGACAUAUGUGAUAAGAUAGGGCAGUCACGCACUGGGCCCAAAGAAUGUCUCCGCUCUAUAAUGAGAAGAGUGAACCAUAAGGAUCCCCACGUAGCCAUGCAGGCACUGACCCUUCUCGGUGCUUGUGUCUCAAACUGUGGGAAAGUAUUCCACUUGGAGGUUUGCUCCAGAGAGUUUGCAAGUGAAGUCAGUAAUGUCUUAAACAAGGGUCACCCAAAAGUGUGUGAGAAGCUGAAGGCCCUGAUGGUGGAGUGGGCAGAGGACUUCCGCAAUGACCCACAACUCAGUCUGAUCUCAGCUAUGAUCAAGAAUCUACGUGAGCAGGGCGUUACUUUCCCUGCUGUGGGUUCCCAGGCAGCAGAACAAGCAAAAGCAAGCCCAGCUUUAGUUGCAAAGGAUCCCUCCACCUCGACAAACAAAAAAGAAGAAGAAGACUUGGCCAAAGCUAUCGAGUUGUCACUGAAGGAGACACGUCAGCAGUCACAGACCUCCUUGUCCAGCCUUUACCCAAACACCUCCAACCUGCUUUCCACACACAAGCCUGAUGGCAGAAAAGUCCGUGCCAUCUACGACUUUGAGGCUGCAGAGGACAAUGAACUCACUUUUAAAUCAGGAGAAAUCAUCACUAUCCUGGACGACAGUGACCCCAACUGGUGGAAAGGGGAAACAUACCAGGGAAUCGGGUUGUUCCCUUCCAACUUUGUCACUGCGGAUCUCACUGCAGAGCCUGAGAUGAUGAAGACAGAGAAGAAGACAGUACAGUUCAGUGAGGACAUCCAGGUGGAGACAAUAGAGCCUGAACAGGAGCCUGUGUAUAUAGAUGAGGAUAAAAUGGACCAGCUACUGCAGAUGAUUCAAAGUGCAGAUCCAACAGACAACCAGUCAGACAGCGUUGAGUUACUACAACUGGAAGGUGCCUGCAAUCAGAUGGGCCCCCUCAUUGAUCAGAAGCUGGAGGAUAUAGACAGGAAGCACUCUGAACUGUCAGAGCUGAACGUGAAGGUGAUGGAGGCGUUGUCUUUGUAUGCGAAACUGAUGAAUGAAGAUCCAGUUUAUGCCAUGUAUGCCAAGCUGCAGAGCCAGCAGUACUACAUGCAGCAGCCUGCCAGCGCAGCACAGCAGGUCUACCCUGGUCAGCCUGCAUCAGGUUCAUAUGCCAUGGGUAGUACAGGGGUACAAGGAUAUACUGUUCCUAUAGAGCAACUUCCUACUGGAGCCCCAAUUCCUGGUCAACCAACUCCCAGUGACGUCCAUAUGUACAUGGGCCAGCCACCAGUCUACACUGUUGCUCCAGGCACUAUGGCUCCAGCAGAUGUUCAGUCUUACCCCAACCCGGCUAGUGGCUCAUGCCCUGCACCGUGCACAACUCCUGCAGGCAUGACGCAGACGGCAAACUACAGCACCCCUUCUGGGACGAGCAUAGCACCUCCAUCAGACGCCCCGCAGGCCCCUUACUCGGAGAAAGCCUUACUAUAGGGCCCCUACAGUUAAACUCACACAUACAGUAUAUAUACACACAGACACAUACACCACACCUGAUCAAAUAGUUCUUGUAGAUUUUUUUUUUUUUUAUGUCUUGAUUUUUGUUUUUAAAUCAAAGAGCAUCAGAUGGUUUAAAAUGCAAACAGAAUAGACUAACACUGACAUUUGGAGUACUUUGUGUUUAAAUUAAGUAAAUAUACAUUGACAUAUACAUUUACUUCACCCCUGGUUAAGAUGUGUUCAUGGAGCUGACCCAUAGUGGGAAAGUAUACACCUUAUUUGAUUAAUUACAUUUUUACAUUUUCACUCUUGUCCUCAGUGUCUUUGCUGUCUCAGAUGUUAGACACAGAGCAGCUUUUAGUUGCAUACUUCAUGCAUUUAUAUGUUGCAGGACUGACAUUUUUGAAUUAUACUGAAAAUUUUGUGGUAACAUUUGUUUUAUGGGUCUGAAAUUUCUUAAAAAAUGUCCUCUGAAACUUCCUGGAAAGAGCUGCCUGAUUUGGUACUAAACAUAGCUCUUACAGUUGUAAUUUAGCCACACACACACAAUACAGACUACAAGCAGGUGUACAGCAGUGGAUGCAGACACAAACACAUCUGCACUACUUGCUUCACACAUUCUCAGCAGUACGUGAUAAUUCACCCCCAUCCACACAGAAACCCAGAAAUCCACAGCAUGCCACAGCCUUCUCACACGCUAACAUCAACUGCGUUGCUUUUUAAUGCAGCUGACUCAAAUGUACAUUUUAUUUCCGUUAUUUAAAUCAAAAAGAGGAUUUUGAAAUAAGCUGAAAACUUGAGGUGACUGCUACUUAGACAGACUGCUUCACCCUUCACAUGUCAAGUUUUAGAAGUACUGAAAACUGAAGCCACUUUGUUUUUUUGGGAGAUAAAAGGAACAAGAGGAACUGAAGCAUGCACAUCACUCUUGUAAAUACUGUACUGAGAUAAUAGUGAAGCCACAGGAUGACCUCUUGAGGUGGGUUGUAUGUUAGCACAGCGCUGGGUGUCUGUCUCAGACUUUAAAGCAAACUUUGCGGUCAGCAUGCUUGCAGUGUGAAAGCCAAAGAGGACAGAACGGAGGCGGAGGGUAUGCUCACCUUCCUGGAAAAGUCUGUUUUUCUCUAUUACUGGGCCUUUUCUUCAUACUGCAGAGUUUGUUUUAAACUGAGAAGAUUUGCAUCCUGUUGUGGUGGAUGCAGGGGUCACGCCGUCUCCAUCAGAGCUGUACUAACAUGCUGGUACCACAGACUUUGCUACAAAGGGGAAAAUUCUCUGAGAAUUCCAGUCUUUAAAGCAUCUUUUUAUUCAGUGUUAAAAAAUAAAUGUUACUUUUUUCUUUUGGUAGUGCAUUUUAAUUUAUGCUCUGAUAAUUGUUAUAUUUUAAAUGGAGAAGCAUUGCAGGAUGUAUGUAUUCAGAGAAUAAUGCAGGAUAUGUGAUAUCCUGCUGAACUUAGUUGUAUAUUUAAAUUGCUCCCAUGCAGUCAUGGACAUUUCUCUGUUAGAUACAUUCUUAUUGUACUGUAGGGUUAAAUGGUAAUGUGAGAACUGACUGAACCCCCACAUAUUUUAAUCCUGUCCUUUCUCAGAGCCGUGUGAACACUAAGAUGAGUUCAGUUCGAGCAGAACUGAAAAUAUGUUGCUAUGAUUGUGGACAGUUAACUUUGGGAUUUGUAAACAACUUUUGACCAAAGUCUCCUUAAGUCAGUGUGAGGUGCGAGGCAUUACAGAUCAAGUUUGGUUGGUGCUUCUCAUCAUACCUUUCACUUAAUUUAUUUUUGAGUCUUUGGGAAAGAGCUGUUUACAAAAAUUGAUCAGAUCACAUGAAGCUGAUGUUAUGCAAAAUAAAUAUGUUGUGUAUAAUACUGAACGAACCUACAUGAAGGAAUUUUUGAAGUUUUCAAGAUGAUUUGGGCAAAUUUUUGUGUUUGUCUGACAGAUUUGUGUCCAUAAAAUUUCUCUUCAGGUUUUGUGUUUCAAAUGUGCUACAUCUUACCACCCCUGUGCUGCCUUAAGAAUAUAAAACCGCUCUCAAUUUAAGCUCAGUACUCGGGCACCAAAUGCCUCCAGAGAUUGAUUUUAAGCAUUACCCUGAUGCCAAGAUGGCAAGUCAUUAUUUUGCUUCCUUCAAUUUUAAGUAGGAGUGAAAUAAUGUUAAAACGUUCGUUUAAAGAGGGUUAAGUAAUAAUAAUAAUCAUAUAGUCAAAGCAGCAGCUAUUCUGGGACCAUGGGACAAGGAGCCAGUUAAUCAUCGCACAUCUAAAUGGAGAAUCAUGUUGCACCACAGCUGUGGACUGAAGCCCUAAUAUUACUUUUUCUUUUUGUACAGGAUUGACAUGCUGCCUGUUUUUAGGUUUUCAGCCAAUAUUGUAAAGGUUCUGUCUAAAGUUGUACUCUGCUGUUUCUAUGUAUUCUUUUAACCAUACUUAUUAAUUGGUAUUCACAAUAAAACAAGGCCAAAUGUACAUAA